GUGGCCAAAACCCGCAUAUUGUAAUGCCCGAUAUUCCUUUCCCUCGAUUACUUCUAUGCUAAUCCUCUAUGUCUUUCUCUCAGUCUUUCCCCCCAAGUCUUUACCAAUGCAAGAAAAACCCAACAACAAUGGAUGAAUCUGGCAGUUUCUGCUGCUGUUGUUAAGCUCUAGUAGUGCAAUAGCAGUAACACCAAUCUCCGCAUUUAGAUACAUAUUUUCUGCUGCAGCACAGAACUAUUGCCUUACCAUGACUCGCCGCUUACUGGAAGUGAUGUCUCCAGCAGAACCCUCCAAUUCUAAGUCACGGUCUACAGCCUUACUCUUUUUUCUUGGAGGGAUAGUUAUGCUCAUCAUUCUGCUUAUAAUUGUAUUUAUCUUUCGGAAAAAGAUCAAACCAGAAGAGAUCAAGAAGUUGGUAGCAAGAGUCAGAAAGCGGCCAGCAUCGACAGACGCUUUUAGUGGAAUCCUUAGAACAAUAAGCUAUUUUGACUUCGCAACAUUGAAGAAGGCAACCAAGAAUUUUCAUCAGGGAAAUCUACUUGGAAAAGGUGGAUUCGGCCCUGUCUAUAGGGGAAAAUUAAGAGAUGGGAGAUUGAUUGCUGUUAAGAGGUUAUCUCUUGAUAAAUCCCAACAAGGAGAAACAGAGUUUCUUGCAGAGGUAAGGUUGAUCACUAGCGUCCAACACAGGAACUUGGUUCAACUUGUUGGAUGUUGCUCACACGGGCCUCAGCGACUCCUUGUAUAUGAAUACAUGAAAAACAAGAGCUUGGACCGUAUAAUAUAUGGAAAAAGUGAUCAGUUCCUGAACUGGGGCACUAGGUUCCAGAUAAUUGUUGGAAUCGCUAGAGGGUUACAAUAUCUACAUGAGGAUUCCCCCCUAAGAAUUAUACACAGAGAUAUCAAGGCGAGCAACAUUCUUCUCGAUGAAAAAUUUCAACCAAGGAUUGGAGAUUUUGGGCUGGCUAGGUUCUUCCCUGAAGAUCAAGCUUAUCUCAGUACAACAUUUGCGGGAACUCUAGGAUAUACAGCACCUGAAUAUGCUAUUAGAGGAGAAUUGUCCGAAAAGGCGGAUAUAUAUAGUUUUGGAGUUCUUGUGCUUGAAAUAAUUAGUGGCAGGAAAAACACAGAUCUUAGUCUAGCAUCAGAAAUGCAGUACCUGCCUGAAUACGCGUGGAAGUUAUACGAGAGAUCAAAGGUGAUGGAUCUGCUUGAUCCCAAACUGCAACAAGAAGGAUUUGAGGAAAAGGAUGUUAUGCAAGCAAUCAAUGUGGCAUUCUUAUGCCUUCAGCCUCAUGCAAAUCUGAGACCCCCCAUGUCAGACAUUGUAGUAAUGUUAACAUGCAAAGUUCAGAUGACCGGAACACUACCUAUAAAACCGGUCUUUUUGGACAGCAGACGCACCAAGAAUGAAAACCUUUCGUGGGAUACAAUGUCCGAUGUUUUCCCUUCUCCCAUUCAGAGUGAAUCUCCCUCAUUACCUAAUUAAACAACAAACUUGAUUGCAACUUCAUGAUCGAUCCUGUCUUUCAAAGGAAAAUGAAAUGGUACGAGGGUCUUCCAGGAAUGUCUUGAGAAUAUUUUCAAAUGUAGCUUCACAUAUAUGUCACAUAUAUAAUUGUUUAUUUCUUCAUUUUUGGUAGAGGUACUUACUUGGUGGUAGAAUUUUGUUACUUGCACAUGAUAAUGAUACUAGUCAAGGCUUCCUGUUGAUGAGCAUAGAACUGGGUAUGAUUUGUAUUGUUAUAUCUCAGAGGUGUUUCAGCUUCCUUUCUCAUGGAGUUUCCUCAAGUUUGUCUUUAA